AUGUCAAGUUUUAUUCCGAAUAAGCAUCAUUUGCGGGAACUUUUGAUUUACUUCUUUAAUGUGAAAAAAUCUGCAGCUGAGGCGCAUCGAUUGCUUCUAGAAGCAUAUGGUGAAGCUGCUUUAAGUGAGAGAAGUUGUCAGGAAUGGUUUCAAAAGUUUAAGAACGGUGAGUUUGACGUUAAAGACAAAGAAUUAUGUAUAUAUAAUAUAUUUAGAGGAGACCAGGGAGAAAUGUACAUGGCAAUUCAUGUUGAUGAUGGAAUUAUAAUGGGAGAUAAUCUGAGCAAAAUCGAGAAUAUUCUGAAGAAGUUGAUAAACAAUUUUGAAAUGUCUAUCGUAGAAGAUCCUAAUAUUUAUUUGGGAAUACAAAUUAUUGAAACAAAAGAUGGAAUAUUCUUACAUCAAGAACAGUAUGCGAAGAAAAUUCUAGAAAAAUUUGAUAUGUCUGAAUGCAAAGUAAUGAAAACUCCUCUUGUACCAGAUGGGAAAUCAGGAGAUACACAAGAUGAAAUAGAAAAACCUUUAUUUCCCUAUAGAAAAGCCAUAGGAAGUCUAUUAUAUCUUUCAUGUAAAACAAGACCUGAUCUAGCAUUUGCUAUUAAUUAUGAAAGUCGAUUUACUGAAGACCCAAUGAAUAAAGACUAUAAAAAUAUAAAAAGAACAUUGCGGUACCUUCAAGGAACAAAAGAUUACGGCAUAUACUACAAGAAAAAGAAUGAUGGAAAAGAUGUAAUUGAACUGAAAGUUUACUGUGACUCAGACUAUGCAGGAGACCUGAAUGACAGAAAAAGCACCACUGGAUAUAUCAUCCUAUAUAAUGAUGCUCUAAUCAACUGGUUAUCGAGAAAGCAGAGUAUUAUAGCCACAUCAUCCACAGAGGCAGAAUACAUAUCUGCAGCUGAAUGCAUCAAAGAAAUUAAAUUUCUCAAGACACAAAUAGAAGAAAUCACAACAAGGAAAGCAAGGAUAACUCUACAUAUAGACAAUCAGAGUGCAAUACAGAUGAUAAAAUCAGGACAACUGAUGAGAAGGAGCAAACAUAUAGAUGUUAGAUACCACUAUGUGAGUGAGCAAUUUAGAGAUGGUUUAUUUGAAAUAGAAUAUUGCUCAACAGAUGAACAGACAGCAGAUAUCCUCACCAAGGCUCUACCUAAACAUAAAUUUGAGAAAUUCAGGAAUAUUAUUUUGAAACAGAAUCCACGUUGA